AUGGAAAACAUAAAUUCUCAUGUUUUAGAACUUUUUGAUGAGAUGAAAACAAUUCGGCGAGAGAUUCAUAAAAAUCCUGAGCUCUUGUAUGAGCUUCCAAAUACAACAAGUUUAGUUACAACAUAUUUAAGUUCCUUAUCAGGUGUCGAAGUUUACUCGCAAGUUGGCAGAUCAGGCGUCAUUGGGGUGCUGAAAUCUGACGGAGGCCCUUGCUACCUAUUAAGAGCAGAUAUGGAUGCAUUAGCAAUCCAAGAAGAAAAUAAUGUAGAGUAUAAGUCCCAAAUACAAGGUCGGAUGCAUGCAUGCGGGCAUGAUGCUCAUGUCGCAAUGCUUCUCAUAGCAGCCAAGGUAAUAUCAAACUUCAGAGAAAAACUGAAAGGAAGCUUGAAAUUCUUAUUCCAGCCUGCUGAAGAAGGAGAAUUUGGAGCUCAGGCCAUGAUAAAUGACCCUCUUUAUCCCGCGCUUGAAAACCCGGAUGUUGAACAAGUAUACGGGCUUCAUAUAACAGCUAGCGAAAAAAUCGGCGAUGUGCUGAUUUCAUCAAAAUAUGCCUCUUGCUAUAGUAGUUAUUUUUAUAUUGAUAUUAUAGGCAAAGGUGGACAUGCUUCAACACCUCAUUUAUCUAUUGAUCCUAUACAUGCGGGAGCUCAUAUUGUACUAGAUAUUAAUACAAUAUUGUCAAAAUAUGUAGACCCUCAAACAAAGGCCUCAAUUGCAGUAACAACAUUUCAUUCUGGAGAAGUUUUUAACGCAAUUCCACAUAUUUGUAUGCUUUUUUUUGAGAUUUAGCAUCUAAAAUAUAUAAACAUCAUUUAUGGAUUAUUUAUAAUAAAUAGCUUAAAAUUAGUGGAACUAUUAGAUGUUUUGAGCCUGAAACAAAGGAAACGAUAGAAAAAAGAAUAACGAAUUUCUGUAGAGGAUCAGAAAUAAGCUUUGGAUGUGAAAUAAAGCUGGAGUUUCAAAAUUAUUACCCACCAACAAUAAAUUCUCCAGAACCAUCACAAAUAGCAGGGAAUGCAUUUAAGAAAAUCUGUCCUGGAGCGAAUAUUAAUAACUUAUCACCUCUAAUUGGAGAAGACUUUUCAUAUUUCACUGAGAAAAAGCCUGGAUGCUUUAUUAUGAUGGGGUGUGGGGAUAGCCAGCAUACAUCUCACCUUCAUUCUUCAACGUUUGAUUUUGAUGAGAGAGCCAUGCUCAUAGGUGCUUCUUAUUGGGUGGAAUUGGUUAAAGAUAUUUUGACUUAA